UACAUUGUUUUGCAAAUCAAGAAACUGUGAGUUUUUAAUGCGUGCAUCAGGAAUAGGAGAAACAUGAAUGUUUAGAAUAAGAGAAUUCAGACCUCAACAUACACGCCCGGUGAAGGACAAUAUCUAUUCAAAGGUGCCUGCAAUUAGUAUGUUGAUAGCUGGUAUGGUUAAACAGAAAUUCAAAAACCAUAAAAGAAAAUACAGUGCGAUGGAAAUAAAAAAUGACAUGAAGGAAGAUUUUGGUAUGGAUUUGAGAUACACUUUAUGUUGGAGGGCAAAGAAAAGACCGUUAGAAGAAUUGAGGGGUAAGCCAUUAGCAUCUUAUGGGAAACUGUCAUCAUACUUAUAUGUUCUAAAUACUAUCUAUCCGGAUUCACAUAUAAGAAUGAAGAAGACAGAUGAUAAUGCAUUCUUGUAUGUAUUCAUCGCUCUACAUGCAUUUAUUAAAGGAUUCGAUUAUUGUAGAUCAGUCGUAGUUGUUGAUGCUAGUCAUCUGAGAGGAAUGUAUACUGGGGCAUUUAUAACAGCAUGUACAACGGAUGGAGCAAGUCAUAUAUUUCCUUUGGCAUAUGGU